AAGAUUGACCCCCAGCAAAAAAGAAAAAAUGUUAGAAACUGCAUAUAUCCAAUCCUCAUUAUGGAAUAUAUACAAUUCCAAUAAGUUGUGGCGGCGUCAAUGAUAAUCCUGAGCAGAGUCUUGCCUCCCUCAGAAACAAUGAUUACUACAUUGAGUUAGGUUUUUCCUUUUUUAUAAAUUCAUACUUGCUAUUUUUGACAAAAAGGCAAAACCACUGUUUUCCUUUAUGUGUGAGGUUUUCAUCUAUAAAAGAGAAGGCUGAUUCCGCAUUAGGGUAAUCUCUGGUGGCCUCUCUUUCGUUUUUCUUCUUUUAGCGCAAGCGUUUUUAAAGUUCACAAAAGCAAGAAGCAAUCAAGAAGAAGCCUUACACGAUGUGUGAGACGUCCUAUCGGAUAUACUGCAAGGGUCUGGUGAGCGAAGAGGUGGUUAAGGAUGAGACUAGGCAGAUUGGUGGUUUUGGUGUGGCCAUCUGUGACCCCGAGGAUAACCGACUAUAUGAGAUGAGGAAAGCUCUGGGAGAUGAAGAGUCCACACAGCAGGAAGUUGCGGAAUUGGCGGCCUUAGUUCAUGGGUUGAAGUGGGCGUUGGAGCUCGAUUUGGCAAGGGUCACAUUCUUCUGUGAUGAUUCCAAUAUCUUAGAAUACGUAACAGGUAAAGCUGAACCAAACGAGUCCAGUGUAGCAACACUUGUGAAGGAAGUGGCUCUUCUUCAGAGCAGAUUCUCGUCUUGCGAAGCACUUCCUGCAUCUGUGAGCAGUGGGAGCAUCACUUUUGUCCUUGAGCAUGCCAGAGCUGCUAUAGCUUCCCAGAUCAGGUGGCGUGAAGGUGACGUCUACAUGGAGACUUGUCCAAUAUGCUGUGAAGACGUCCCGUGUGAUGACAAGUUUGAGGUACCUGGUUGUUUUCACCGCUUCUGCGUUGCUUGCAUUAAGAGACAAGUCGACGAGGCACUAGAUUGGCAUAAACCAGUAAAGUGCCCAAGCUUGGGUUGCAACUCGGUACUACAGAGUGAGGAUUGUGAAGGUGUUUUGGAUCCUGUGCGGCUCAGACACAUGGCUGAAUAUCUUUCGGAGAGUGCGCUGCUUGAUCAUAUGACCCGACAAGAGGAGAGGAGGAUCAAAAAGCAAGAGACUACAGGCUGUACGUGGCCGCCAGUCGAAUGCACGGUUACAAUGGAGAAGACCAAGCUCAUUGAAUACUCAAAAACGUUCUUCGCUGAUGCUGAGCUGUUAGGAGGAGCCAGAAAGUGCAUGGGGUGUGGGUAUUGUUUCUGCGCAAACUGCAGAACAGAAUGGCAUUAUAACAUGACAUGUGAUGUAUUCCGUGAAACAGAGACUUAUAAGUCAUCUCCUGCGGGAUGUUACGAAGCUAUGGCUAAGAGUUUAGGAUGGAGGAGAUGCAGGAAUUGCAAGUCGAUGCUUGCGUCUGAUGGUGAUAGAGGUUGCAACCGUAUUACCUGCUCGUCCAAACGACGAUGA